AUUAUAAAAUACAAAAAUAAAAUGAAAGAAUUCCGAAUCUAAGUUCAAACGGGCGCCGCUCUUCUUCACGCUCAUUUCUCAGAACCGCCGCGCCAAGCUGCUUCUUCACAGAUUUCUCCUCUAAGGCUUCUUCUUCUUCAUUACGUGAAUCGCAUAGGAUCCAACAUUAUUCAGUCUUCAAUUCAAAUUCUGCUCUCAUAAUGGUUGAUACACUUUUUAAAGAUGAAGCUACUGAAGAAAAGGGGGAGCGUGCCAGAAUGGCCUCCUUCAUUGGAGCAAUGGCAAUUGCUGACUUGGUCAAGACAACCUUGGGACCUAAAGGGAUGGAUAAAAUUUUGCAAUCUACGGGUAGAGGACAUGGUGUGACUGUUACAAAUGAUGGAGCAACCAUAUUGAAGUCACUGCACAUUGACAACCCUGCUGCUAAAGUCCUUGUCGACAUAUCAAAAGUCCAAGAUGAUGAAGUAGGUGAUGGUACAACAUCAGUUGUUGUUUUAGCUGGGGAGCUUUUAAGGGAGGCUGAGAAGCUGGUAAAUUCAAAAAUUCAUCCAAUGACUAUCAUUGCAGGGUAUCGAAUGGCGGCUGAAUGUGCUCGAAAUGCAUUGGUGGAGAAAGUCGUAGACAACAAACUUGAUGCAGAGAAAUUCGAAAAGGACUUGAUGAAGAUCGCAAUGACUACUUUGAGCUCCAAAAUUCUCUCUCAGGACAAGGAACAUUUUGCAAAACUAGCUGUUGAUGCUGUUAUGAGGUUAAAGGGAAGCACAAAUUUGGAGUCCAUUCAGAUCAUUAAAAAACCUGGAGGCUCAUUGAAAGACUCGUUUUUAGAUGAGGGGUUUAUUUUAGACAAGAAAAUUGGCGUUGGACAACCAAAGCGGAUUGAAAAUGCGAAGAUAUUGGUGGCAAAUACUGCAAUGGAUACAGAUAAAGUGAAAAUUUAUGGGGCUCGUGUUCGGGUUGAUUCAAUGGCUAAGGUAGCUGAGAUUGAAGUAGCUGAAAAGGAAAAGAUGAGGGAAAAAGUGCAAAAGAUUAUCAGUCAUGGGAUAAACUGCUUUGUUAACAGACAAUUGAUUUACAAUUUUCCGGAAGAACUAUUUGCCGAUGCUGGGGUGCUUGCAAUAGAGCAUGCUGAUUUUGAUGGUAUUGAGCGGCUAGGUCUUGUUACUGGUGGUGAAAUAGCAUCAACAUUUGACAAUCCUGAGUCUGUUAAGCUUGGGCACUGCAAACUCAUCGAAGAAAUUAUGAUAGGCGAGGACAAGUUGAUACACUUCUCUGGGGUUGCAAUGGGUCAGGCAUGUACAAUUGUGCUGAGAGGUGCCAGCCCUCAUAUGUUGGAUGAAGCAGAAAGAUCUCUGCAUGAUGCCUUGUGUGUGCUAUCCCAAACGGUAAAUGACAGCAGGGUUUUACUUGGAGGCGGAUGGCCAGAGAUGGUGAUGGCAAAGGCAGUUGAUGAACUUGCUAGGAAGACUCCAGGGAAACGGUCUCAUGCUAUUGAGGCUUUCUCACGUGCACUUGUGGCCAUUCCAACUACCAUUGCAGAUAAUGCUGGUUUGGACAGCGCAGAAUUGGUUGCUCAACUUCGUGCAGAACACCAUAAGGAGGGAAGCACUUCUGGGAUUGAUGUCAUCUCUGGAUCUGUUGGAGAUAUGACAGAGCUAGGGAUAUCUGAAGCGUUCAAAGUAAAGCAGGCAGUGUUGCUCUCAGCAACUGAAGCUGCGGAGAUGAUUCUACGAGUCGAUGAAAUCAUCACCUGUGCCCCACGGAGGAGAGAAGACCAUAUGUGAAGAGGCAUGAUUCAUGGUUGCUACUCAAUCUAUAAAGAGAAUAGGCUGGCAAGGUUAAGCAAAAUCCAAAACAUAAAUAUCAGAAUGUCAUCACGUAUUUUUGUAUCAGUUUUAUAUGGAAUUAAAUCGAAAUACUUUUUAGAUUAUUUCUCUAGACUUGAACUUUAUCUUGCAAGUUACCUAAUAGCCUAACCAGUGGUCCAAAGCCUGUCUUUUGCUUGCUCACUGCGCUGAAUUUUGAACUGCGACUCUUAGGUGAUGUUUGGUGUUAUUUCAAGUUUCAAUUCUUAGUUCAACAUUUCGAGUGCAGUUUAUGAUAUGUAUUGGCUUUUGUAAGAAAAUAUUGGUUCUCUGAUGAAUGAUUUGGUAUUUUGGAGUUGUAGGUUGGAAAAAUGAAAAUUGUUUUUCCACA